GUUCACCGGAACUUCCGCUGUCUUCUCGGAUCGGCGCCGCGCCUUCGCAGGAGGCCUGAGGCGCCCGUUCCCCGCCUGACCGACUCUGAUUCUGCAAUUAAGCAGUAGAAAGAACAGUGUGGUUGUCAAUCACAUACAAAAUGUGGGGAAAUCCUCGACCGGCUAACAGAAUUGGUCCUUUUCGUGGGAGCCAAGAAGAAAGAUUUGCUCCCGGGUGGAACAGGGAUUACUCUCCUCCUCCCCUUGAUAGUCUUGCUCAAGAAAGACACUCUGGCAACUUCUCUGGCAGAGAAUCACUUCCUUUUGAUAUCCAGGGAGUCCCAGGCAUCCUCAAUCCUCAGUUUUCCAACAGAGAGGAACCUGCUUUCAGCUUUGGAGGUAGAGAUGGACCACGUAGUGACUUCAGAGGUGGGGAGGGCCAUUUGCAUGAUUUUGGAGGCAGAGAUUACCCACCUUCUGACUUCCAGAACAGAGAUGAGUCACAUUUGGACUUCAGAGGCAGGGUGCCACUCCUUCCAGAUUUCAGAGGCAGGGAGAUGUAUCCUGGAGAUUUCCAGGAUAGGGAAGGGCAGUCAGUGGAUUAUACUGGAGGAGACAUUCCCCCAAUGGAUUUCAGAAACAGAGAGGCAUUCCGUACAAACUACAGAGAUAGGGAGGCUCAUACUAUGAACUACAGGGGCAGAGAUGAUGCCUCUGCAGAAUUUCAUGCAAGGGGAACAUUUGAUUUAGAUUUCAGAAAUAGAGAUGGAUCUCAUCCACACUUUAGGGGAAGAGAUAUGGCUGAACAGGAGUAUAGGGGUAGAGACCAGCCAUAUUCAGAUUUUAGGAAAAGAGAUACUCCUGAUGUAGACUUGAGAGGUAUGGGUACAGCUGACUUAGACUUCAGAGAUAGGGAUGUACCACAUCCAAACUUCAGAAACAGGCCAAAACCCCAAGCUGAUCAGGAUUUUAGGAGUAGAGAUAUCCCACCAUCUCUGGAGUUUGUAGACAGGGAAACCCGCUUGGCAGAAGUUAGUAUUGUUGACUACCAGCAUUGUCAGUCUAUAGGUUCUCUGCAAGAAAGAGAAUGCAAUACAGAGAAGCCUGUUCUUGCUAUUAGAGAGAGGUCUUCCAUGGGUAUGCAGAAUGAGGAGUUUCCACAGUCAGAGCCAAGAGCCAGAGAAGAAGAAACUGAAGGACACAAUCUUGAGAGUGAAUCUUCAGCAGAGUUCAAAAAUAGCUGCGGUCCUCUUCCUGCUCUUCAGGACCAAGAGAACCCUUCACAGGCCUUUGUUUCCAAUCCGGAGCUCUCUUUGGCUGAACAGCUAGUGUCUGAAUCAUCUGGACUUGGAGUGAAGGAAAAAAGUGAACUGGACUUCCUUGGGAGGCAGGAUACAGACUACAGAGGCAUUGAGUACAGAGAUGUAGAUCAUCGAUUGCCAGGAGGCCAGCUCUUUGACUAUGAACAUGGCAAGGCUUUUGCAGAAGGAAAAUCUUGUAAAGCUUCUCAGCCAGAUCUUCAGGACCAGGAUUACAGAACCGGUCUCAAAGAUGUAAAGCCAAGCAAGCUGAUUCGACUAGAAAGAGUGCCUGAAACAGCCACAAAAGAUGAUAUUCUCCAUGCUUUCCAAGCAACUGCUGGAUUCCCUAUGAAGAAUUUGAGAUUAAAAGAUUAUACUACAGGUUACAACUAUGGCUAUAUCUGCGUGGAGUUUUCCCUCUUGGAGGAGGCCAUCGCCUGCAUGGAAGCCAACCAGGGAAUGCUUAUGAUUGGCGAUAAAGAAGUGACUUUGGAAUACUGCCAGGCCCCUGAAUUUUGGAUGUGCAAGCAGUGUAAAAUACCCAAUGUAGCUCAUCGUUCCUACUGCACUGUCUGCAAACUACCAAAAACUGGAACUGAAGGAAAAAUUUACAAGGAGAAAGAAAAUGUACCUGAGAAACCAAAACCAGAGGAAGAGUCUCUUGAGGAGCCAAAUCCCUCAAAGGAACCAGUUCUUCAGAAAGCUGCUCCUGAACAACUAUUCCAGCCUCCAUGCUCUGAACCCAAGAAGAAGGAUGAAAACAGGGAGCAGUAUCCUUCACAGGAAAGGAGAAAGGACUCUGAAAUGUACCCACCUCGAAAAGAAAAUCAAGACCACGGUUCAAGAAAGACCAUGGAGACCAAGCAUCAAGAUGAUGAGAGUAAAACCCUUAUGUUGAAACGCAUCCCUCGCUUCACUCCACCAGAAGUGAUUGUGGGGCUUCUGGCACCCUAUGUCCGCCUCUCUACGUCAAGUGUGCGGGUAAUGAAGAACAAAACGGGUCGGAUGGGCUACACCUACGGUUUCAUUGAACUGGACUCACAUGCUGAGGCACACCGGUUAGUGAAGCUUUUACAAGAUCUUGAUCCCCCAAUCAGUAUUGAUGGCCGUGCAGUGGAUGUUAACCUAGCCACAGGAAAAAGGAGAAAUGAAUAUGGAGACCAGGGAGACCGCUUUGGCCAGGGCAGACGGGACAGAAAUGACAGGAGAGGCUCUGACUCACAGAAACGGCGAUCAGAUUCGUCUUCGGAUGUGUCUACAUUCAUUUAUGACCCAGACACUGGAAACUAUUUUGAUCCCAUAUCAGGGGUGUAUUAUGACCCCAAUACUCAGAGAGAAAUACCAAUGGGCCGAGAAGCAUCUGCAUCACCACCACCUCCACGUAGUGGAAGGAGACGUAGGAGCAAGGAAAGGUCAAAUGAAAGAGAGGAAACCUACAGCAGAGAUAACAGAGAGAGAAGAGAGAGACACCGAAAUAAAACAGCCAAGAAUGAGCCCCAAGAGGAGAGGCUUCCUGCAGAAGAUGUCUUUAAAAAGCCACUGCCUCCAACACUGAAGAAAGAAGAGACCACACCUCCACAGCCAAAGGUAGUGAAUCCUCUCAUAGAACUCCUAGGGGAGUAUGGUGGCGACAGUGACAAUGAAGAGGAGGAGGAGGAAGAGGAGGCAGAAGAGCAAAUACAGGCACAGCCACAGCCUCAGCCUCAGCCACACACCCCACGCCUGCCAGUGCAACAAGAGGAACGGACUCAAAGGGCUGAAAAUGACGAAGAUAAGCUGACUGACUGGAAUAAGUUAGCUUGUUUGCUGUGUCGGAGGCAGUUUCCAAAUAAGGAAGUGCUAAUGAAGCAUCAACAGCUUUCUAAUCUUCACAAACAAAACUUAGAAAUACAUCGGAAGAUAAAACGAUCAGAGCAAGAGCUGGCAUAUUUGGAAAGGCGAGAGCGAGAGGGAAAGUUUAAAGAAAAGGGAAGUGACAGAAGAGAGAAAUUUGAGGAACGGGAUUCACCAGAGAGAAAGCGGCCAAGGCCCUUCAAGAAUUCUGAUAGUGGUUAUAAACCCACUGGAAAAACGGAGAACAAUAACAAAGGAAGCCGUAUGAUGCAGGCCAUGGGCUGGAAAGAAGGCUCGGGUUUGGGGCGCAACGAACAAGGAAUGACUUCACCAGUGGAGCCAGAAAAUCGGAAGCGGGGCGCUGGCCUAGGGACCCAAGGGAGGGCCAACAGAAGGCAGUCAAAUGAAACAUACCGGGACGCCGUGCGGAGAGUCAUGUUUGCUCGCUACAAAGAACUUGAAUAAACGUGGAACAGAUCCUUACUGCAACCAACACACCCUGUACCCUCUGGCCCAUCUUUGUGUCUGUUGUUUUUUGAAUCGGUGUUCUUUUGCUGCUGAAGUGUGUUUUUGUUUGUUUUUGGAAUAAAAAAAUGAAAGAUA